UACAGACAGGCCCGGCCGUCUGCUUUAAUAAGACCGCGUAAUUGUACAGUCAUACUGUCCGAAUGUCUUCUUUGGGGAAUUAAGCCAUCGAGUCUAGUUUAGAAGACACAAGGAUGGAUUACUUGUGCUUGCACUUUUGUAAUAACGUAGCAAGAAAGGCAACGUCCAAAGAUGUGAUAGUGUACAUUGUUUCAUCACCUUGAUUGUGCUACUAUACUCAUUAUGAUGUACGUAUAAAAAUAUCUUAGCAACAUCUUAGUUAGAAAACUGAUGUGAAGAUGUGAGAUUUAAUGUCAGAGUAGAGGAAACUUGUGUGGCCGACCCGCCGAUAAAAGUAGAUAAUCUUCCCAUGGACAAGUUACGACAGAAGCCGCCAGGGCGGGUUCUACUUCCAGAGCGCCCGGCAACAUUUGCAGAGUUUGGGCUGGAUCUCAAGCCGUACUUCACGCUAUAUAAGGACCAGGAUCGACCGGCUACCUUCGCGCACUUUGGGGUCGAUGUGGAACGCGAAAGACCCGUGGUGGAUACCGUUGUUGGUCCGUACCGUAAGUGGUCUAACAUCAGUCUGCAGGAGAAGUUGUUCGUCUGUACGGUAGCAGUAAGCCUCCUCGUUACGCUCGGCUUGACCAUAGACCGGCUCGCUGUCUCAGAUAAAGCAUCAGCUGACUUCACCUUUAACCUUUUACUUAUUGUUAAUAUAGUGUUUUGCCUAUUCUACGUCAUCCAUGCCAUUCUACGAGAGCAUCCAUACGAACUUUUUGUGUUUGCCUUCAGCGUCUUGGUGCUUCUCAUCUACUGCGUCUCAAACUUCGCUGAGACGUUUGGAGAAGGACUCGAUAUCGUCAAAUUGGUUCGCUUGGUAGUGAUUGGUCUUGCUGGUCCGUUCGUUAUGGCAUGUGGGGUAUAUCUAGGAGCUACCUAUUACAGACAGAGACGACUCAUCUUCAGAACUGUCGGUGCUAACAUAAACCUACAAGCUUUGUGCGGCAAUAUGUUUCUAUUUUCGGAUCUUCUGAAGUUCAACAUCCAGCUUGAGACCAGUAUGGUGAUUCUUGUCCUGGAUGAUGGUAUAUAUCUCAACACAAACAUGGAGAAGGUCGUUUUAGGUCUCGGACUUCCUGUCACCAUCAUCUGGAACAUCAUGGGCUUCCUGGCUGUUCGAUUUGAGAGCAAGGUACUGGUGGGCCUAUUCCUUCUGACGUGUUGGGUUCUGCCUGUCUACACAACAUACAAGUUUAUUGAUAUCUCGUUUAUGUGGCCCACAUUGAGGGACCCAUCUCAGAAGGUACUCCCAUCAUGCGUCAUGGUGUGUGGCAUUCUUGGUUUCCUAGUCCGGGCAUUCCUGGUCGUCAUCGUCUCACAUCUAUCGCAGAACUUCGGUCAUACACUCGGACAAAAAGUUUUCGGUGACAACAAGAAGAGUAACGAGCGAGAGCCGCACCGACAUUACGACCGUCGACCUAAGAGCUGGCCCCGUACAGCCUUCCCAAAGAAGAACCGCUUUACAUUCUCGCAUAAACGGUUCGAGAGAUCCGCAACCUUGACGCCACGGACAUGAGACGGAAGAUCUAGUUUUGGGGGACAAUGUGCGAGUAUACUCCAGAGGAGGUUUCUGCACAGUAUAAGAAGAUGAUGGAGGCAAGUCCCAAGUUUAAAGCAAGCAUAAGCUUAAAGUACCGUACAAGCCUGUCUUCUAUCCCUUAAGACGAUAUUAUGAUGUCUUUCUUCGAUUGAGAAAACUCGAUUGUGUACAUACCAAAGAAAGUAUUCGGUUCGACAGUCUAUCCGCAGCACACACAAAAUCGGUUGUGAAGGUUCGAAUUACAGCAUUAUACCCUUGUUAAAGACACUGGACACCAUUGGUAAUUGAACGACCAGUCUUCUCACUUGCUGUAUUUCUGUUUGCAU